UCUUUGUCACUUCCUUUUUCCUUCUGCGUUUGACUGUGUCAGGUCAGGCCCCCAUGAGAACCUCCACUACUCCCAACAGCAUCACCAUGAACAAAACAAACACACCAUUUUCUUCUUCUUCUUCUUCUUCCUUCAAAAGAAAUCGUUGUUUCUCUUCUAAAUCUGAUUUCUUUGACUCUUUACCUGAUGAUCUUCUCAUCUCUAUUCUCUCUAAACUUGCCUCCUCUGCUUCUUCCCCUUCCGAUUUCAUCAAACCUUUGAUCACAUGCAAGAGAUUCAACAAUUUAGGGCGUCAUUCCCUUGUUUUAUCCAAAGCUUCUCAAAGAACUUUGGGAAUUAAUGCUAAAAACUGGUCGGAAUCCGCUCACCGGUUUCUCAAACAGUGCGUUGACGCCGGCAACGUUGAGGCUUGUUAUAUUCUCGGCAUGAUUCGAUUUUACUGUCUGCAAAACCGAGGAAGUGGAGCUUCUUUAAUGGCGAAGGCGGCGAUUAGCUCCCACGCGCCGGCGUUAUACUCACUCGCCGUCAUACAGUUCAACGGUAGCGGUGGCUCAAAGAAUGAUAAGGAUUUAAGAGCGGGUGUGGCUCUUUGUGCUAGAGCUGCCUUUUUGGGCCAUAUUGACGCUUUAAGGGAGCUUGGACAUUGCCUUCAAGAUGGCUAUGGGGUUUGUCAGAACAUUAUGGAGGGUCGUCGGUUUUUAGUCCAAGCCAACGCAAGGGAACUCGCCGCCGUGCUGUCGUCGUCGACGGCGGGGGCGGGUUCACGUUCUUGGGUCACGUGCAAUCCAAUCGCUCACCACCGCACGGCGGUGGGGUCGUCCGCCGAGUGCCCGUUGCUGAGCGAUUUUGGAUGUAAUGUUCCUGCGCCGGAAGCUCAUCCGGCGAGUAGGUUUAUGGCGGAGUGGUUCGCCUUACGCGGCGGCGCGCCGGGGCCGGGGUUGAGACUCUGUUCGCACGUGGGGUGUGGACGGCCGGAGACAAGGAGGCAUGAGUUUCGUCGGUGUUCGGUUUGUGGGAUUGUUAACUAUUGCUCACGUGCUUGUCAGGCGCUUGAUUGGAAGCUGCAGCAUAAAGCGGAAUGUGCGCCGUUGGAGAUUUGGCCGGAAAAUGACGGUGACGGCGGUGAAGCCAACGGCGACGGUGGAAUUCUAAAUGAGAAUGAUGAUGAGGAUGUAAUUGGGGAAAGUUAAAUUAAACGGAGGUGAAGGCUGAAUUUAAACGGCGAGUAACAGUUAUUGUAACGGAAGAGGAAAAGAGGGACUACCUAACAAAGCAAAGGGCCCAUCCCUCCUAUUUUCUUUUUCUUUUUUAAACUUUUGUUAAUAUAAUUUUUGUAGAGUACAGUGGCAACGAUUGUCAACUUCGACCUUAGGUAAUUAAAGUUCUAAUUUUUUUAGAUUUUCACAA